UGGGUCUCGUUCUCUGGCUUUCCUCACAGUAUGGCCCCCAAACGCCAGUCUUCACUCCCACCUCAAACGAAGAAACCAAGACUGCCUCCUGCCCCCAAGCUGGAGAAGACAGCGACCUCUCUGGACUUGCUGAAGGGAGAAAAAGAACAGCAAGAAGCAAUUGAACAUAUUGAUGAAGUACAAAAUGAAAUAGACAGACUUAAUGAACAAGCCAGUGAGGAGAUUUUGAAAGUAGAACAGAAAUAUAACAAACUCCGCCAACCAUUUUUUCAGAAGAGGUCCGAAUUGAUCGCCAAAAUCCCCAGUUUUGGGGUAACAACAUUUGUCAACCAUCCACAAGUGUCUGCACUGCUUGGGGAAGAAGAUGAAGAAGCGCUGCAUUAUUUGACAAGAGUUGAAGUGACAGAAUUUGAAGAUAUAAAAUCAGGUUACAGAAUAGAUUUUUAUUUUGAUGAAAAUCCUUACUUCGAAAAUAAAGUUCUCUCCAAAGAAUUGCAUCUGAAUGAGAGUGGUGAUCCAUCUUCAAAGUCCACUGAAAUCGAAUGGAAAUCUGGAAAGGAUUUGAUGAAACGUUCAAGUCAAACACAGAAUAAAGCCCGCAGGAAGAGACAGCAUGAGGAACCAGAGAGCUUCUUUGCCUGGUGUACUGACCAUUCUGCUGCAGGUGCAGGUGAGUUAGGAGAAGUCAUCAAAGGUGAUAUUUGGCCAAAUCCACUACAGUACUACUUGGUGCCUGUCAUGGAUGACGAAGAAGGGGAAGGAGAAGAAGAUGAUGAAGAAGAAGAAGAAGAAGGGUUGGAAGAUAUUGAUGAAGAAGAGGAUGAGGAUGGAGGGGAAGAAGAUGAAGAUGAUGAUGAGGGGGAGGAAGGAGAGGAAGAUGAAGGAGAAGGUGACUAAUGGAACAUUGAUGGAUUCCAACCUUUUUUAAUUUUCUCCAGUCCCUGGGAGCAAGUUGCAGUCUUUUUUUUUUUUUCCUCUUGUGCUCAGUCGCCCUGUUUUUGAGGUCUCUUUUCUCUCCUUUACACCAUGGUUCUCACCUUAUUUGGGGGG